CCAAUUUUAACAACUCCAAAUAGAUUUUCUUAAUGAUCCGUAACAAAUAGCAUAUCUAUGCGAUGUUACUUGAAAUCUAGAGCUUCAAUAAUUCGGACAGAGUUUGUGAAGCGUCUAUUUUGAUCGAUGAUUACAAAAGUUGCGUAUGUAUACAUAUACAGAUACGUAAAACAUUUGCUUGUGUUGUCUGGCUGUAUGUACGUACACAUGCAUAUUACAUGUAUUUGGCUAUGAACCAGGAAGAAGUCAGCCACGAUUAUGAUGCGCCGACGCUCAUUUUUUUUGUACAUUGUUGUGUCGCGGUUUUAUCGCGAACUUACGAUUAGAUGACGGAGGAAUGGACCGUGGUGUUAGAAGGGGGUCCCCCGUGGGGCUUCCGCAUUGUUGGUGGUGUUGACAAGGGUCAGGAACUUCACGUUUCCAGGGUGAACAGAGGAGGGAAAGCCUUUUCGAAAGGAAUUAAUGAAGGAGAUUCUAUUAUAUCUAUUAAUGAUUGCAAUUCGGCCAAUUUAACAAACGCUGAAGCCCAUGCAUUGCUCAGAAAGUCCGAGAAUUUUAUGAAGUUAAGCAUUAAAAAAAAAUCCCAGAAAUCGAAACGUUGUAUUACGGAAAAUAGUGCCGAAUUUGUUGACACCCACAGGGCCUUUGAAAUACCAAAAAGUGAUAACACACAGACAAUACAAACGAAUCCGUUCGACGAAAUAAACGAAAAUUCAACUUUAUCGUCCGAUAAAACUUCAAAUCAGUCUCAAGCUUCAACUCUAGAAGUUAUCAAGGCUAAUAAAGAUCAGGAGUCGAAAUGCUCGCUGGCACCGGUUACGUCGUCGUCGUCGUCGUCAAGCGGCGACUGUUUCUCGACUGAUAAUAGCCCCGUCAUUACAACUGAUAACGCGAUGGCGAAGAAACGUCGAAGAAAAUCCCGACAGAACAACGGCAACGGCAGCAAUAUGAGCCCGGCGACUUCUUCUUCCGGUAGCACAGUCGAUCAACUUCCGCAAGCCGAAUUGAAACCAGAACAACAAACCACAACGAAUUUUUGUGAUACUAUCGAAGAAUACAAUCAGGCGUCAGAAACAGUUGAAUGUGAUAACGACAACGCGGUGAUAAGCGACCGAAACGUUCCUGAGGGAAAAACAACGAAAUUGUGUGAAUUUAGUGAAAGUGAUAAUUUACCGAAUACUACGACGAAUGUUUGCGAUUCCACGGCAGAAGAUGGUGACGGUCAAAAGUCGAAACUUUCCGGCGACUCUCUUCUUCAUUAUAAGGUAGAGUUCCCUGACGUACAACGGCGAUCGCCGAAACAAAAGAGCCCCUCUAUUACGAAAAGUAGAAGCUUGGAUGACGACGACGUGCCUAAAAUAACCGAAAUAUCGGAAUCCAUCGGACUCGAAGAAGAUAACAAACACUUGUCGCAUUCGCAAAACUUCACCGUUUCAACCGUGGACUCGGAAGUUGAAUGGGAGAGCGGCGACGACCUCCAGGACCUUCCGCCCAUACAACCUCCGAAAGAAUUUCUUAGUACUGCAUCCUUGCAAAUAGAGGAAGACCUGGGCGUAGCCGAAACGUCCCGGAUAUCGCCCGAAGAGGAAAAGAACCUCAGGGAUUUCCUGGGGGGCCUGAAUCUCGUCAAUUCCCCGCAAGAUGAAGCGUCUUCGGAUAAAGAAAACUACAAGGAGAGAAAGGCCAAGAAGAGGGCUGCCAUCGUGCAACAUUUCAUCCCUUAUAUGCAACAGCCGAAGUUUCUGGACGUCAUCCAGGAAGAGUCCAGUGACGUAAGCGACAAGGAAUCGAAAACGAAAUCGCCCAAUCGUAAUUCCGGUAAGAAAUCGCCGGAACGUCCGGUGCUUCUCGAAACCAAGGUGACCUAUCCCGACGUCUUCGGCGCGGAAAUCAUUAACACGUCGGUGGCAGAAUCGAGCUCGGACGCGGAACUGGUAUUUUUGGACGACAGCGACGACGACGACGACGAAGAAGAAAAAAACGUAAAAAUAAAUCCUCUGUUGUCGCAACUGACGCCUCCGCCUACUCCCGACGUCACCCCGAAAGAGGCGCUUCCCGGCGACGAUAAUAAUCAACCUAAUAAAAUAAUUAGGUCCGAUUCACACUCGCCGUCCUCCUGCAGCGACACGUCUCAGUGCACGGCCAAGUACAACCCGUCGUCUUCCAUUGGAGACGUAACGUCUCUCCUGCAAGACGAACUUCCGGUUGUGACUUCGCACCGUUAUCAGCCUAACACUCUCAGAGAGAUCUGCCUGACGAAACUCGUGUCUCUGCCGUUCGGAUCGGAAAUAAUCGAAGAACUGGCAUCGGUGGCCGAGGCCAUCCAAAACAUGACCACUUUCAAUGUCCAAAAGCUGCACUCGGACGUGAAGUUCAAAAGAGUGCGACCGUUCUUACAAAAACUGAACAGCAAGGAGGAAGACGACGAGAACAGCGAGGGAUCGGCCAUCAAAUGGUGCGGGUUCCCCACGGAGAACGACCCGAACGUUUUGGUGUGCCUGUCGCCGACGCAAAGGGCGUAUUUGGACACCACCAGGAAGAUACCCCAUGAAGUCGACAGGCUCCUGGACAUGCACGCGAAAUUCUUGAACCGAUGUCGAUCGUACGACAAAGAGCCCGACAUCGACUCAGGCCAAGUGGUUUUAACGUCCGUGCGGCAAUCAAAUGGUCAACGUACCUCGGCCCCUGACGACAGAGCGAACUCUAACGAGUUGACGAUGACUAACAGACUUUUGGCAAUCAUCCGAGAUUCGGACAAACGACGGGCAGAAUUAGAAAAUUGCAACUAUAACAAGUGCGAACCGUCCAGGAAUUUCACGUUGCCACGCACCAGAUCCGAAGAGGAGGAUAGCUGUUGCGCACCGGCUGUCGCGGAUCCCGAAGGACGAAGACUGAAAGCGAAAAAUUUAAGCGAGUGGCUGCAGUUGGCCCGCGACAAGAGCUCCAGCGAAACGAAAUUGGACAAGAUGGAAGAGUACAAUCGCCAGGCAGAAAUUAACAACAAUAACAGAAACGAAAAAGCUACCAGACGCCUGUCUCUACCCUACGACAUCUAUCAGCGUCAAAUAGAGUACAUAAGAGAGAAGGAGAUCGAAUUGCAGAGAGAGAUCGAACAACUCGAAGAAGAGAAACGCAAGCUUUUCGUGGAAAUGGUCGAAAAUCAAAAGGAAACCCCAGUUAACAAGUCUUCCCCGCCCCAACCGCCCCUGCGCAACGCGUCGACAAAAGAUCGUCCGAAAUCAACCCCUAUGGCUCCAACCGAGUUCUUCAGGCAACAGAUGUAUGAGGAGUACAUGAGUCAGGUGGCCGCCCGAAAAGACCGGAAACAUAACAAGGUCAUCAAAAUUUCGUCCCCUCCUCAUGACCAUCAUCAUCAAGAGGAAGAACAACUGCAGCAAACCCGGGUUUCGGCCGAAGUCAUUCAUGUACCCGGGAUCGAAGAAGAAUUCAUGGACAAGGUGAAAGAAAAACGAAAAAAAUUUGGCCUGCAAAAGGAUGACAGCGGCGAAGAUGGUGGUGGCAAGAAGACGGUGGACAGUAUCGAUAUGGGCCAAGAAACAGACAGUGAACCUGUGCUAGUUCUAAACGGGGACUCGAUAUCGACGGCUAAAGGGUUGCCCAAACAUCUCCAGGAAUUCGUGUCGAUCACGAAAGACGCCGAGGAAUCCGGCGAAGAAACGGACACAGGGGGGUUUAACAGGAGAAAACGGGAUGCCGAUAAAAUAAAGAAAUGUCUUAGUAAAAAUCGAAGAAGUCGAAGUUUCAGUGAGUUUGGAAGUCUGCUACAUGAAAUUGAUAGUUUGCUUGUUUUGGGAAAGGGGUUUUUGUUUGAAAAAGGUGUUUGGGCACCUGGUAAAAGAACAUCACCUAUUAGGACCGAAGAUAUUCCUACAAGCGGUGAACCUCAAAGUAAUGUUCCACCUCCGCCGCCCAUUUGGACGCCCAAAAGUGCCGGUUCCAGUCCCAUUGUCGAACGAAAAGAAUUUCGGCCAGUCGCUUUUGAAUCUCCUACAUUAGGUCGAAAACAAAGAACCCCUGAUGUUCAAUCGUCGUCGAUAGAACCGCCGUGGAAGAUUUUUUCUGAUUUAAAUAAUAGUACAUGUGGUGGUACAUUUUCUAUUUCUGAUAGUAAAAUACCACGGAGCAAAUCUACGGACUUUUCCGGCUCGCGAUUGCCCAGAUAUCAAAAUCCAACCAUCACCUUGUUACAAAAGGCUAGAGAGGGUCAAAUUCCUAAAGGUCCAGUCUACAUAAACUACCCCGAUGACAAUACCUUAAGAAGGCCCAAAGAUGAUAAACCACCUUUGGUGAAACCUGGAGAAGUUUUGUACCAAAUCAAAAACGAAUAUACCAGCGAAUCGGAAGGGGAAGCCCCAAGAAAAAUGGCAGACCUUGGUCAAAGAAAAUACGAGGGAAUUGGUCCCACGACUAAAGAAGGAAUACCAAUAACACUACGAUCGGAAGUUAAAGACGGUAAUCAGCACAGAUGGUACAAAAGGAUGUAUGACACAAUCCAUAAAAAANUAGCUUAUGAGUUUCCGCCAUUAGAAAUCUAG